CACAUCCCCCACCACCCUCUUGUAUAUAAAAGCAGCGUACUCACUACUCAAGACACAUUACAUCACUUGGGAUUCAAAUUUAAAUCCUCUUUUUAUGGCACACAUUUGAACCCUCUUUGACUCAUGUUUCACCAACAACAACAGCAAAUGGGUACUCUAAAUCUAGCCUUCAUUUGGGUUUUCUCAGCUGUUUCUAUCUCAACAACCCUUUUCAGCACUUGCUCUUUAGCUCUCACCCAAGAUGGGUUAACUUUGCUGGAGCUGAAACAAAGUUUGAAUGACAGUAAGAAUGUUCUGAGCAAUUGGGUGAAUAAUGAUGAAACCCCAUGUCAAUGGACUGGUAUCACUUGCUACCCUAGUGACCAAAGAGUUUUAGCAAUAAACUUGCCUUACAUGGAGCUUGAAGGGUUUAUAUCUCCAAGCAUUGGUAAACUCACUAGACUUCAGAGACUGGCACUUCACCAGAACAGAUUACAUGGUAUAAUCCCUAAUGAAAUAAGUAAAUGUGUUGAACUCAGAGCUAUGUACUUGAGGGCUAAUUAUCUUCAAGGUGGCAUACCGUCGAGUAUAGGAAACCUUUCGCUUCUUAGUAUAUUAGAUUUGUCAAGCAAUAGUUUGAAGGGAGCAAUACCUUCGUCUCUUGGUCAUCUUAUUCGUCUUGAAUCCUUGAACUUAUCCGUAAAUUCCUUUUCCGGUGAAAUACCAAAUUUUGGAGCGCUAACCAAGUUUGGAAACAACUCGUUUAUUGGUAAUCUAGACCUUUGUGGCCAGCAAAUACACAAACCGUGUAAAACGUCGUUGGGAUUUCCUGCUGUCUUACCGCAUGCAGAAAGUGAUGAAGCAGCAGUGCCUAAAAGUUCAUCGCAUUCUUUGAAAGGAGUGAUGAUCGGUGUUGUGAUCGCCUUAGGCGUAGCACUUGUGUUCUUCGUAUUCUUGUUGGUUUGGUUGCUUUCAAAGAAAGCAAGAGUUGCGAAAAAAUACGUGGUUGUCAAGAAACAAUUUCCUCAAGAAACAAGCACACAACUUAUAACCUUCCAUGGUGACCUUCCAUACACUUCAAGUGAGAUUAUCGAGAAGCUCGAGUCCCUUGCCGAUGAACACGUGAUUGGGUCCGGUGGGUUUGGGACCGUGUACAGAAUUGUCAUGAAUGACUGUGUGAUGUUCGCAGUCAAAAGAAUUGACCGAAGUCGAGAAAGUCGAGAUCUUGCAUUUGAACGGGAGUUGGAAAUAUUGGGUAGUGUUAGACAUAGUAAUCUUGUUAAUCUCCGAGGAUAUUGUCGGUUUCCGGAUUCAAAGCUUCUUAUCUAUGAUUAUGUGGCCAAUGGUAGUCUUGAAAAUUUCUUACACGAAUGUCGGGACGGAAUCCAAACGUUAAGUUGGAAUGCUCGUCUAAAGGUUAUAUAUGGUUCGGCUCGUGGAUUGGCGUAUUUGCACCACGAUUGUACUCCCCGAAUCAUUCACCGGGAUAUAAAAUCGAGCAAUAUUCUCCUUGACGAAAAUCUCGAGCCUCGUGUUGCUGAUUUUGGUCUCGCGAAGCUUUUGGUCGAUGAGGAAGCUCACGUGACCACUGUCGUCGCUGGCACUUUCGGCUAUCUCGCACCAGAAUAUCUGCAAAGCGGUCGUGCCACUAUGAAAUCAGAUGUUUAUAGCUUUGGCGUUUUGCUGUUAGAGCUUAUAACGGGAAAAAGACCAACAGAUCCGAUCUUCGUGAAACGGGGUUUAAACGUUGUUGGUUGGUUGAACACCCUGCGAAAGGAUAACCGGUUGGAAGACGUGGUGGACAAUAGGUGCACCGAUGCGGAUGCGUCAACUGUAGAAGCGGUUUUGGAGAUUGCAGGGCGGUGCACUGAAGCGAACCCGGAUGACAGACCGUCGAUGCAAGAGGUCUUGCAGUUUCUUGAACAAGAAGUGAUGUCACCCUGCCCAAGUGACUUCUAUGACUCCCAUUCAGAUUAUGCUUGAUCAUAUUUUCAUGACAUUAUUUAUAAGUGAAUGUGUAUCAGUUUGUCUGCAUGUGAAUUAGCAAAUUUUAAGUGAUAAACUUGAUUUUCAAGAAUUUUGAAAUUUGUUAUUGGCGAGUUAUAAACAAUGGUAGACCUCACACGGUUGAACUCCACAGUUAAA